UGAAGCGAGCAGUCCACCUUUAAUAGGUUCCGCGUUCUGUGAACGCCAUUUAUGUGCUGAUAAGAGUGUGUUAAGCCAUGAACAAGUUUUUGUGUUCGAUUAACUUUACCUCCGCCGGAUUAUGUGGAGCACUGAUCUUCUUUCUUCUGCUAGUAUUUUCUGGCAAAGGCGAUACCAGAACCGUUAGAGAUGUGCCUUAUAAAGCGAACAUAAAAGAAAAUAAAACUGCGGAUUAUUUACAAUCCUAUUCGAAUCUCAUGAAAUCCUACAUGAAUUUUAGUGUAGCUCCCUGUGAAGACUUUUAUGAGUACGCCUGCGGAAACUAUCGAUUCGCCAAGAGUGACCGGGACUCCAUAACUCGGAGGUACAAUAUGGCCGACAUCAGAUACACCCUGGCUGACAUCACCAGGCAACUGGUGGGCAGAAUGGAUCUGGCGGAGGCUCUCAAUGUGUCCAGUGAGCUGAUGGUGGCCCAGCGAUUCUACAAUGCCUGUCUGGGGGCCGAGCUCUAUCCAUUUCCCGCAGCCGAUCCCGCUUACCUAAGCCUCAUUCGGUCGAUCGGAGGUUUUCCCGCCGUCGAUGGUGCCGCCUGGAAUGCCUCCAACUUUAAAUGGAGGGACAUGAGCGACGACAUAAUCGCUUAUGGGGCAAAAGGUCUGUUUCAUAGAGAGGUCACACUAUUUUAUUCGUACAUCGUGUGGUCGCCUUUUGGUUUUGACACUCAAGUUAACAAGCACAACAUCGACAAUAAGACUUCUCGCUCCUAUCGAGCCAACGAGGAACGCAUGCGAGGCUAUCUAAGAGCCUUUAAACUGUCAGAGGAAAAAAUUGCUCAGGUAAUCGAAGGAGUGUUUGCCUUCUGGCGAGAGGCGUUGCAGAUUUUUGAGGAAACAGAUUUGUCUACUUUUACCGACAAGUUAAAUGAGGUUUGCGUCCGGCAUUCUGAGGCCUUGGCCAAUUAUCUGGCCAUGGACCUGCUCUUUCAUUUUGACGCCAAACUUUCGGCGUCCAAGUACCAAACGGAUUAUUGCGCCGCUAAACUGAUGACAUCCAUGUCGUUCCUCUUCGACAGGCUCUAUAUGGCGGAGUAUUUGCCUGAGGAAAAUGUAUUGGAAGUGUCUGAAAUUGUCCGGGAACUGCGGAUGAGCCUACGAAAGUCGCUUCAGGAAGCCGAUUGGCUGGACCCAAAGUCUCGAACGAAGGCCCUCCUCAAAGAAUCCGCCAUUGUGGCCCGUAUUGGAGCUUUCAGGGAUGACGAUUUAGCUGAUCGCUUAGUCCGGGAGAUUGGCAAGCUGAGAAUCUUUGAAGAUAGCUACGCGACGACUAACAUCCAUCUGAAUCGACUCGAGGUCGACCUCAAAGACUUCAGCAGCAAACACUCCGAGGAACUUUCCAACCUUACAAAGCCACAGGAUACACUGUUGGGGAUGCAAGUGCAAGCCAAUUACAUUCAAGACGACGACUCUAUUAUUAUCGGCGCCGGCCUCCUGUAUCCACCCGUCUAUCAUCGAUCAUGGCCCCUCUCCCUGAAAUUCGGAUCACUGGGUUUCCUUGUGGGUCACGAACUUACGCAUGAAUUUAACGAAGCAAAUGCAGAUGUGUUCAUGUGCUAUUUGAAUCACUAUAGUAAAUACCUCAUACCGGAAAUAAAUCGCCAUAUAGAUGGCGAGAUUGCAUCCAGAGAGAACCUCGGCGACAACGGCGGUGUAAAACUAGCCUUUGAGGCCUAUCGCAGUCAAAUGCAAAAGCAGCUGGAAAAGCCCGGACGGGAUAUAACGAGCGAACAGAUGCCAGGACUCGACCUUUUGCCGGAUCAGCUUUUCUUUUUGGGCUUUGCUCAGUUGUAUUGCGCCGACUACAAGGAGGAGCACUACUGGGAUCAUCUGAACGAUAAACACACCAUCGAAAAGUACCGGGUUCUGGGCGCCUUAUCCAACAGUGAGGACUUUUUCCAGGCUUUCAACUGCCCCGUGGGAAGUGGCAUGCGUCCCGCGGCCAAAACUUGCCAUGUAUGGUAGUUGUUUUUUUCAGUUGUAAUAUAACUACUUUCAAAUAUAUAGAUAUUGAGUUCCAAAAUUGUUGUUCCAAUGUUGUUGCUAUCUGUUCUU